AUGCGUGUAAAUACGCCAUCUCUGUUGAUAUGCGGCCCCAUGAUAUCGCAAGCUGAUGCUGCGUAUCUGCCACGAAUUCGGUCCAGCCUUCUAUACAACAAAGACCUUUCAUGCCUACGUGAAGCCGUUUCAGAGCUACCCGAUCUCUGGCUACGCCUUGUUAGGGAAGAGCCGUCUCUCGGGCAGAUUGAUGCGGCGCUAUUUCUUGACAACUUAUCACAAUGGGUUAGGGAAAAUGCCACCCAGCCCACAGCAAGUCGUGACUCGAGAAACACGCAAUGGGCGGUAUUAACUGUACUAUUCCAGAUUGUGGAAUAUAUGGAGUAUUUGGAUAAUUUCUCUUCGCGGGACGAGGACGGGUGUGGAAACCUGGAUGCCCACACUGCGCUUCUGGAUCAUCUCCACGAUGGAGGCAUCCAGGGCUUAUGCAUCGGUCUUCUCACAGCGUUGGCACUCGCCUGCGCUUCAGGACGUACUGAAAUAGCAAAAUAUGGAGCCGUUGCUGUUAGGAUAGCUUUGUGUUGCGGGGCGUACAUUGAUCUCAACGAAGCAUGCUUACCGGCGAAGACUAUCUGUGUCACCGCCCGGUGGCCGGGCGAUGAUGGCGACGAUAAGGGAGGUAUCGAUCGAAAAUAUGAUGAGCUCAUACAAGCCGUCUUUGACAAAUAUCCGGACGCCUACAAGAGCGUUCAGGCUGACGUUUCCACCGUGACCAUUACGACAAACGAGCGCGACGUAUUGGGCCUGGUGACUGAGCUAGAGAGGUGCGGUGCAAUAUCGAAAAGUAUUGACCUUCAUGGACGUUAUCACUACGGGGGUAAUCGAACCGCGCUGCUCAGUCUAUUGCGGCUUAGCAAGGCUCUGCCCAUGCUUCAAUUUCCCCAAGGUUCGCGGCUUCUCGUGCCGGUCAGGAACAACUGCAAUGGAACUGUAGCGGAGGAUAGCACAGAAUUGCACGAGAUGGCUUUGCGAUGCAUCCUCGUCGAAAACGCCGAGUGGUACAAAACAAUAUCAAGCUCCCUUGACGCAAAUGCCAGUCACGCACAGCUACUUGUUCUUGGUCCAGUUAAAUGUGUACCUCGAUCACUCUUACUCAACUUACCUCAGCCGAUAUCUCUGAGUGCCAGUGAAAAAGCCGACGACAGCUACCCUGACCAGUCCAUCGCUAUUAUAGGGUCGUCGUGUUGCUUUCCAGGCGCUGAGAAUGCAAUGCAAUUGUGGGAAUUUAUUCGAACCAAACAAACUCGUGGCUCUAUCGGUGAUGCCGGAUUUUUUGAUUGCUCUUUCUUCCGAAAGUCCCCUCGGGAAGCCGAAUAUAUGGAUCCUCAACAGCGACUUGGCCUUCACCUGGCGCAGGAAGCCCUAGAAUCGGGAGGUUACUUUAGCCCGUCUUCUUCUGCCACCAAAGAUGUAGGCUGCUACCUUGGUAUCUCUUCCUGCGACUAUGAGGACAACGUGAAUUCUCACCCACCAACUGCGUACUCAUUCACUGGUACUGCGCGUGCUUUUGCCAGCGGCCGAAUAAGCCACUUCUUCGGCCUUACCGGGCCAUCCAUGGUGAUGGACACUGCGUGCUCAUCUUCAGGGGUUGCUAUUAACACCGCAUGCCGCGCCAUUCAGUCAGGGGAAUGCACCAUGGCCCUAGCUGGAGGCAUUAAUCUGAUAUCUAGGGAGGCCAGAACGCAGCAAAACCUAGCGGCAGCUUCAUUUCUCAGCCCGACGGGAGAGUGUCGGCCCUUUGAUUCGAAAGCGAAUGGUUAUCGUCGUGGUGAAGGCGGCGGUCUUGUGCUUUUGAAGAAGCUGUCGUCCGCGGUGGCGGAUGGAGACGUUAUCCUCGGCGUGAUAGCAGCCACGGCUGUGAAUCAAAGCGAAGGAAACAAGUCCAUCACCCUUCCCUCAUCGGAAUCACAGACCAGUCUAUACCAGAGAGUUCUAGAGUCGGCAAACCUGAAACCCAAACACAUUUCAUAUGUAGAAGCUCACGGUACUGGGACGCAAAAGGGUGAUCCAAUAGAGUGUCAAAGCAUUCGAAACGUCUUUGGACGAACCAGUCGUCCUAAUUGCAGGCAGCUACACGUCGGGUCGAUCAAGAGUAACAUUGGUCACAGUGAAGCGGCGUCUGGCAUAGCUGCGCUCCUCAAGAUACUGCAGAUGUUGCAUCAUCGACUGAUUCCCCCACAGGCGAAUUUUGAGGAGCUCAACCCAGCAAUAGCUCCUCUGCUCGAUGAUAAUAUUGAGAUUUCUCGACAGACAAAGCCAUGGGAGGAGCGGUUCAGAGCUGCGUUAGUUAAUAACUACGGCGCAUCUGGCACCAAUGCUGCUAUGCUUGUGUGCCAGCCUCCCUCAAUCCAUCAUAGCUUGUCAUUGGUUCUCAAUCGGCCUUCCCAUUAUCCUAUUCUGCUCACUUCCCACUCACAUGAUGGCCUACAACUGUAUUGCCGCAGUAUUCUCAAGUAUAUUGAGAACCGGAGUAAUGUUGUCAGCGACGAGGAAGUACUAUCCAACACAGCAUUCCAUCUUGCUCAACGCCAGGACCAAGGUUUGAGUUGCCGCUUGGCAUUGUCUGUCGGCUCUAUCGACGAAUUGAAACACAAGUUACAGUCGCAAUCUCCAAUCAACCAGGCUUACAAACAGGCACCAAACAAGCAGCAUAAUGGACAACCGGUGGUGGUCGUUCUGGCUGGCCAGACCGGCCGUCGAGUUCGCCUUAGCCACGACAUUUACGCCAGUUCAGCGUUGUUACAGCGUCAUUUGGAGAGAUGUGACCGCUUACUACAAACCAUGGGCUUUGCUAGCUUGUUCCCUGACAUUUUUGGCACGGAGCCUGUCGAGGGCUUGGUUCAAGCUCACUGCAUGCUGUUUUCGCUGCAAUACUCGGUGGCCAUGUCAUGGAUCGACUCUGGUUUAAAGAUUGAUGCUUUAGUUGGUCACAGUCUCGGCCAAUUAACGGCUCUUUGUAUCAGCGGUAAGCUGAGCUUGCAGGAUGGACUGAAGCUGAUCUCCGGCCGGGCAUCGCUCAUACAGAGUAAAUGGGGGGCGGAUUGCGGCGCUAUGCUCCACGUUGAUGCAGAUGAAGAAACCGUCCAAGCCCUAGCAGACUCCAUGCCUGCAGGGUACAAGGUCGAAAUUGCGUGCUACAACUCUUCUCAAAGCCACGUUGUCGUGGGGACAAAGGCAGCCAUCACAGCUUUCGAGAAGGCUGCUGACUUGCGAGGCGUGUCGUUCCGGCGUUUGGCAGUAUCACAUGGUUUUCAUUCUGAGAUGAUAGAGUGCAUCCUACCUGACUACCAUAAGCUGAUCCAAGGACUAGUGUUGAAACGUCCAGCCAUUGCUAUUGAGCCCUGUUCAAAAUCUGGUCACAGCUGGGUAAACGCGACACCAGAGACUGUAGCUCGGCAGUCCCGCGAGCCAGUUUACUUUGCCGACGCUAUUUCCAGAAUUGAGCAGCGCUUUGGGUCUUGCAUUUGGCUUGAGGCAGGAUGCGGAUCUGCCGGAGUCAACAUGGCGCGGCGUGCCCUCACGCAUGGCCCAACUCGCAGUCUAUCAACCCAUUCAUUUUAUCCUGCAGCACUAGGCGAAUCAGACUCGGUUAAGGCUCUAGCAGAAAUGACUGUUAAUCUCUGGAAUUCAGGCAUACGGGUUCAGUUUUGGCUAUAUCACCGCUCUCAGACAAGAUCUGCGGCACCGUCGGAACUCCCACUUCACCCUCUUGUGAAGUCGCAGUACUUGUUACCUGUGGUUAAGCAUUCCCAUAAAUCGCAGAACGAGGAAGUCAGUCACCCUCUUAUCCAAGAAAAGCUGCAAUUAGUCUCCCUAAUUGGGCAAACACAAAAUGCGGGUUCGCAAAUAGUAGAGUACUCCAUCAACCAGGAUAGCGACGAGUAUUCCAUGCACAUUCGAGGGCGGACAGUCUUUGAGCACCUUCUAGCUCCAUCAUCUUUGUACAUAGAAUCCGCCAUCCGCGCGUUUCGCUUACUCUCGACUCAUAAGUUAGUCGCUAUCUCAACUUCUGCCUCGAUGGAAUUGAAGAAUCUCAAGCUUCAUGCGCCAUUCGGCUUCGACCUGCAAAAAUCCUUGCGUUUGACAUUACGAAAGCUGGGAGAAGAUGCUUGGCAGUUCCGGGUAGAGAGUCACCCCAUUCAUGAAAGAGAACGAGGCUCUGUACUCCAGGCCACGGGUGUCAUUACCUUGCAGGAAGCGUAUUCUCAUCUCGCUCCACACCGUCCACUUCUUCGUCGCCUGUACGACCGAUGCGAAGACUUGGGCAAAGACAUCAGCGCCUCGGUCGUACAAGGUGACUUUAUCAAGAAAAUCAUAAACAGUGUGGCGAGAUAUGACGACAGAUAUAUUGGAGUACGCUCUAUUGUAUCAAAGGGAUUGGAGGCAGUUGCUAACGUUCUUGAACCUGAGAUCGCCUCACAAUAUACUCCGACCGCACCCUUCAACCCCUUGUUACUAGACAACUUUUUGCUGAUAGCCGAGAUCCAGGCCAACCACCUGGGAGGUGUGACACCUGAGGAAAUGUACAUUUGCAAUGGUUUCGACGCCGCUACGGCUCAUAGUAUUCCCGAAGACUCGGAGCCCUGUACGAAAGGACAUUGGGUUGGUCUGUAUAGCUUCGAUCAUAAGGACAACGACGGCAUCCUGUGUGACAUCUUCAUCUUCUGUGCGGAGCGCAAAAUCCUGUCAAUGACAAUACUUGGCGCAAAAUUUCAAAAAGUUGCCAUUAGUUCUUUGAAACGUGUGCUCAAAGCAAUUAAUCGAGUUCCACAAACCUCAGGUGGCAGAGCACCAGGCAGCUCCAUCACCGAGUUUAUCAGCGGAGACGACGCGAGCUCUUAUCUCCCAAUUUCCGGUGCAAAUAAAUCGAUUUUGAUCAAAGAAGAUGAUUUCGGUUUCACGACAACCAAUAGUCACAUCGAUUCAGAUAACCAGUUGAUCCCAGAAUAUGACGCGAUUUCAGGCUCCUCUCGGUCCACAUCUUCCAGCCCUCCCAGUCCGGAAUCGCGAUCACAAGCAGCUAUGGACCUUGAUGAAAUAACAGAGGGACCGGGCAGUGCCCUACUGAAUCUACUUUCCAAUCAUUUGAACUAUCCUAAAGGUCUUUCUCCGGACACACCGUUGGGGGCAAUUGGACUAGACUCGCUGGUUGCGAUUCAACUCCAAUCAGACAUCGAGCAGAUGUUUGGAAAGAAUUCACAACUCAUGGACAUCAACGAGGGUUCUACAUUCUCAACCCUCUUUAACACGAUCUUUCCACAGGACCAGGCUGAUCAGUUUGGGACUAUCCCUUUGCCCGACCAGGUAGGCAAGGACAGGUUUGAGUCGGUCCCGCUUCGGCAGGAAUACGGCCAUAUCAAGCAUACAGUCCCUUCCUUUAACGAUUCGUUUGAUCCUAGGUCAAAAAGCCUAUUUAUUCGCCAAGUUCCACGUGCCUUGGACGCCUUGACACACAGCACUUCCUCAGCUAUAAAGGCUGCUGGGUUCCAUGGUUUCUUUUCACAUGUACACCCAAGGCAAAGAUCUCUGGUUCUAGCCUACAUCUUGCAGGCUUUCCGGGAACUAGGAUGCGACAUAAGGUGCCUGGAAGUAGGGGAUGAACUCCCCUCCGUCCAUUUCAAGCCCAAAUACCAAAAUUUGAUCAAUCGCUUUUUCGACAUCCUAGGAAGCGAGGGCGUAAUCAAUGUUUCGAAUAAGCGUUACCUGGGUGGUCUGUCUUCGCUCCCAGAGAGGACCCCUGAGGAUAUGCACAAGGCUAUUUUGAAUGACUACCCAAGCUAUCAUCCAGACCACAAGUUGUUACACGCUACUGGGGCCCGCCUUGCGGACUGCAUCUCGGGCAAGGUAGACCCUCUGCAGAUCCUCUUUCAAAACGCGGCCUCGAUUAAACUCUUGGAAGAUGUCUAUGUUAAAUCACCCAUGUUUGGAACAGGCAAUCUAUUACUAGGCGAAUUAAUGACUCGUCUCUUUUCUUACGACAAGACAUCAGAUAGGCCACACCAAAUCCGCAUUCUGGAGAUUGGGGCGGGCACGGGAGCAACAACACAGCUCGUGGUAGAUCGAUUACUGCAGUGUAACAUGGAUUUCACUUACACUUUUACUGACAUCUCCGCUGCUCUCGUCACUAGCGCAAGGGAGAAGUUUCUCUCCCGACAUGGUCAGCAUCAGCCAUUUAACAUGGAGUUUGAGACGCUUAAUAUUGAGAAGGAGCCCCCGGCACGUUUUGCACAAUCGUACGACCUGGUUAUUUCGGCAAACUGUAUUCACGCAACGCGAGAUCUGCGAAAGUCCUGUAGUAAUAUAGAAAAGCUGCUUCGAAAGGACGGGGGUAUGUUAUGCCUUUUGGAGUUAACGCGGCCACUAGGAUGGUUAGACUGUGUCUUUGGCUUGCUGGACGGAUGGUGGCGUUUUGAUGACCAUCGGACAUAUGCUCUAGCCGGGGAGCAGGAUUGGAAGAAAAUCCUACUGCAGUCGGGCUUUGACCAUGUUUAUUGGACUGAUGAUGGUUCACGCGAAGCCCAGCAGCUGCGACUGAUUACUGCAUGGCGUUGA